CACAGCAGAGACAGAAGCAUCACUCCAAUCGGAAAACUACAAGUCGUUUUCUCAUAGAAAGUUAUCCAACAACGAAGGCAACACUUGAGUCAUGUGUGGGAUCUUUGCCUACCUGAAUUACCAAGUGCCUCGCACCAGAAAGGAGAUAUAUGAGACGCUGGUGAAGGGACUGCAGAGACUGGAGUACAGAGGGUACGAUUCAGCAGGUAUUGCUGUGGAUGGCCCUAAGAAGACAGACACUGACAGCAACCAAAACACCAUCUACUUGUUUAAGAAGAAGGGAAAGGUCAAGGCUCUGGAUGAGGUGCUUUACAAAAAAGACUCACUGGACCUGGAUGAGGAGCUGGGCACACACUUUGGCCUCGCUCACACUCGCUGGGCCACACACGGAGAGCCGAGCGCUGUCAACAGCCACCCUCAUCGCUCUGACAAGGAAAACGAGUUCGUCGUCAUCCACAAUGGCAUCAUCACCAACUACAAAGAGCUGAAGGCAUACCUGAUCAACAAAGGAUAUGAGUUUGAGUCAGAGACGGACACAGAGGUGAUCCCGAAAUUGAUCAAAUAUGUUUACGACAACCGAGAGAAUGACAGCAUCACUUUCUCCACCCUGGUAGAGAGGGUUAUUCCGCAGCUGGAGGGGGCUUUCGCUUUGGUGUUUAAAAGCCGUCAUUUCCCUAGAGAGGCUGUUUCCACUAGAAGAGGAAGUCCACUGCUCAUUGGUGUGCGAAGCGAGCACGAGCUGUCGACUGAAGACAUCCCCAUCCAGUACAACAGUGCUCACUUGAAGGAGGAGGAGAAGAACAGCCACAAUCGUCCUGACUGCUCCAGCGCCAUCGACUCUGUGGGGGAUGGCAGGGCUGUGGAGUAUUACUUUGCCUCUGAUGCCAGUGCCAUCAUUGAGUACACCAACAAGGUGUUGUACCUGGAGGAUGAUGACAUGGCAGUGGUGACCGACGGGAAACUCUCCAUCCACAGGCUGAGACGGCAGGUUGGUGAGAAUCCAGUGAGGGCAAUCCAGACCCUGCAGAUGGAGCUUCAACAGAUCAUGAAAGGUAAUUUUGAUGCCUUCAUGCAGAAGGAGAUCUUUGAGCAGCCGGAGUCUGUCGUCAACACAAUGAGAGGACGGAUUUGUUUUGACACCAACACAGUGAUUCUUGGUGGGCUGAAGGACCACAUGAAAGAAAUCAAACGAUGCAGAAGGCUAAUUGUGAUUGGCUGCGGCACUAGCUUCCAUGCUGCAUUGGCUACCAGACAGAUCCUCGAGGAGCUGACGCAGCUGUCUGUCAUGGUGGAGCUGGCAAGCGACUUCCUGGACCGCAACACUCCCGUCUUUAGAGACGAUGUUUGCUUCUUCAUCAGCCAGUCAGGAGAGACAGCAGACACCUUGAUGUCACUACGCUACUGCAAGGGUCAAGGUGCUCUGACAGUUGGUGUAACCAACACUGUGGGCAGCUCCAUUUGUAGAGAAACAGACUGUGGAGUCCACAUCAAUGCUGGGCCUGAGAUAGGAGUAGCUAGCACCAAGGCCUACACCAGUCAGUUUGUGGCCCUCACCAUGUUCGGCCUGAUGAUAAGCGAGGACAGACUCUCCCUACAGCAGAGAAGACUGGAGAUUAUCAACGGCCUCAGGGUGCUACCUGAGCUGAUAAAGCAGGUGUUGGCCCUGGAUAAGAAGAUCAAGACCAUCGCUGAUGAACUGUAUGAGCAAAAGUCUCUUCUGGUCAUGGGCCGAGGUUACCACUAUGCCACCUGCCUAGAGGGGGCGCUGAAAAUCAAGGAGAUCACCUACAUGCACUCUGAGGGCAUCCUGGCUGGGGAGCUAAAGCACGGCCCUCUGGCACUUAUAGACAAAGAUAUGCCGGUCAUCAUGAUCAUCAUGAAAGACGCCUGCUACACCAAGUGCCAGAAUGCUCUGCAACAAGUCACUGCCCGAUCAGGUCGGCCCAUCAUCCUAUGUUGCCAGGACGACCAAGAUAUUUGUCAGAAUGCCUACCACACCAUCGAGUUGCCGCAAUCCGUGGACUGUCUGCAGGGCAUCCUCAGCGUCAUCCCCCUGCAGCUCUUGUCCUUCCACUUGGCCGUCCUGCGAGGAUAUGAUGUUGACUUUCCCAGAAACUUGGCCAAAUCUGUGACUGUGGAAUAAUUACAGUUUACAAAGCACAGGAGAGGGGAAAGGAGGCUCAUAUAUUUACAGUGCAAUUCCUUCAGCAUGUGCGUGUGUGUGUGUGUGUGUGUGUGCGUGUGUGCGUGUGUGUGUGUGUGUGUGUGUGUGUGAGAGAGAUUGUGGUGAAGUAGAGCACUUUGUAUGUGUGUAUCCAAAGAUGAAAGAGGGUGGUAUACGGUACAAUGAUUGGGGUUUUUUUAAAGGAAGAGAAAUGUGAAGUCCGACCAAUAAACUGCUGAGGAUGUACCAGUGCCAUUGAGGCCUCGCGGAACAAUCUAUGAAAACAACAUUCUCACAUCCAAAGGAACCAACAUGCUGUGCCUUUUUCUUAUCUCGAGAUGAGCCAAAAACACAUACUGCAAGCUUAGCAGAAAAGCAUUGAUAUGGUGUUUUGAAGUGUUUACAGUUGUGCAAUAUGGGGACCAAAUGUGCAUUAUGUAUGUACACAAUCAUGAGUGAGAUGAUUUAUUCUCUUUCUGUUUGAUGAAUUGCUUAUGUCAAUUGGUGGUGUCUUGAGAAAUGUAGGAAUGAAACAGCAGAAGCUACCAGAAGGAAGUUCCUCAAUCUGACUUUCACAUUAUUACUUGAUUAUUUUGUUAUGUUGCUGGUCAGUUUCUUUGUCAUUUCAUUUUAAUUUAAAAUAUAUUGUAUGAUAGUCUAUUCGUUUAACAGGAUUGAAGUUUCCAAAGUCAGUUCAUGGUAGAACAUGAACCUUUUUUUCCUGACUUUAUUAUUUUCAUCAUAGGUGGAGCAUUUCCAUAGACAUACAUGAAGAUUAUUUAAAGAACACUUAUGCAGCAAAGAAAUUAUAUACCAUGACUUCCAAAAAUGCUUUUGUUUUGUCAGCAGUUUUUAUGGGUUUAUAAUAAUAAUAAUAUUCUAUAUUUAUCUGAUUUUUAUUUUAUAGGGCUUUAAGAAAGGGUUUGAUUUAUAUCUUUAACUGUGAUUGUAUUUUAUACUGUAUGUUUUAUACAUGUAAGCAGGCACUAUCAAUCAAUCAAUCAAUCAAUAGAUAAAGCAUUCUAUUCAAAGUGU